AAAACUUACUUCCGGUUGUCAUUCAUCGAGACAGCAUAUCCUCGCGACGGUGUGUUUUUUCUCAGCCCCUUUAAACAUAGGAGCUGAAUUUUGUGACCAGACAUCAUGACACUGUUUCACUUUGGAAACUGCUUUGCUCUGGCAUAUUUCCCGUACUUUAUAACAUACAAGUGCAGUGGCCUUUCAGAGUACAAUGCCUUCUGGAGAUGUGUCCAGGCAGGAGCGACGUACCUGUUUGUCCAGCUCUGUAAGAUGCUGUUCUUAGCUACAUUUUUUCCCACAUGGGAAGGAGGAGCAGGAGUUUAUGACUUUGUAGGAGAGUUUAUGAAGGCCACAGUGGAUCUAGCAGACCUGCUUGGUCUCCAUCUGGUCAUGUCUCGUAAUGCUGGUAAAGGAGAGUACAAGAUCAUGGUGGCUGCCAUGGGCUGGGCAACAGCAGAACUUGUGAUGUCGAGAUGUCUUCCUCUGUGGGUGGGAGCCAGAGGCAUUGAGUUUGACUGGAAAUACAUCCAGAUGAGCUUUGAUUCUAACAUUAGUCUGGUGCAUUACAUUGCUAUGGCAGCAGUGGUGUGGAUGUUUACCCGGUAUGACCUCCCUAAGAGCUUCAGGCUGCCUGUUACUGUGCUGCUGGCUCUGUGUGUCUAUAAAGCCUUCUUAAUGGAGUUGUUCGUCCAUGUCUUCCUGUUGGGCAGUUGGACAGUGUUGCUGGUGAAAGCUGUGCUGACUGGUGCCAUCUCUCUCUGCUCACUCUUCCUCUUUGUCACUCUGGUUCACAGCAACUAAGCAAAGCUCAGCACCCUGGGAUAAGCCUUUGACAGUCUUUUUGUCCAGAUUGGACAGGGGAUGUCGUCGAUCAGAAGCUUACCUCUGAUUCCAUGUCAGUUGCCACAUGUGACCAUAUGACAUUUAAGACGGCUGAAAACUAGUUGUGAAUGUUGUGUAGUUGGACCGGUUUGACUGGUGCAGUGAUACUAACUACCAUCUGGCACACGCACCAGUUCUUCCAGUUUGUUUUGAUCAGCAUCUAAUGGACUUGUAAACAAAAAACUCAGGGGUAAAGCUUUGUCUGCUUUCAGUCCAUCAGUUGAAACCGCAGAAUGAGUGGUGACAUCAGGAGGCUUCUGUAAUAUUAUUGGCUUACCAAAGCUGCGUUUGUUUCAUGUGAAUUUUGUAUCCGAUUGACCACAUGUUGAUUAAGAUGUAAUCAGUUGCAGAUUUCUUUUUUUUAUAUGUUCUCCAUUGAGCCAGCAUUAAUGCUUAGAUUAGGUAGUCCAGAGAAUCAGUAACAAUGAAUGACAGCGACAGUUCUGUCAUAGUUUGUGUCACCACAACUGAAUCAAUUUAUUUAUAUAAAACUAAAUAACACACAUAGUUAAAACAUAAAUGUAGGACUCUUUUUCUUAUAAAUGCAAAAAAAAAAAAUGAAGGUCUAUCUCAGAAAUCUGAACACAUGAAUGAACUGAGGUCCACUUUGAAUUCAGACCAUAUCAUAUUGACUUUAAGCGUCUGUGAUGUUGACAAGAAUAAAUGUAUUUGUAUUGUCUUA